UCUACCAUGGACAAAGUGGUCUUCAGCCUCCUGCUCCUGGGAAGCGCUCUCACCAUGGUCCAUGCAUGUCCCAAGUACUGCGUCUGCCAGAACCUGUCUGAGUCUCUGGGAACGCUGUGCCCGUCCAAAGGCCUGCUCUUUGUCCCACCGGACAUCGACCGGCACACUGUAGAACUCCGAUUAGGCGGGAACUUCAUUCUCAAAAUCAGCACUCAGGACUUUGCCAACAUGACGGGUCUGGUGGAUCUGACCCUAUCUCGCAACACAAUCAGUGCCAUCCAGCCUUUCUCAUUCAUUGACCUGGAGACUUUGAGGUCACUACAUCUAGACAGUAAUCGGCUGACAGAAUUGGGGCCGGAUGAUCUCAGAGGGCUUAUAAACCUCCAGCACCUCAUUCUUAACAACAAUCAGUUAAACCGGAUCAACAAAGCAGCCUUCGAUGAUUUGUUACUAACGCUUGAAGAUUUGGACUUGUCGUAUAAUAAUUUGCGCAGCGUGCCUUGGGAAGCCAUACGCCAAAUGGUCAACCUUCAUCAGAUGAGUUUGGACCAUAACCUUAUAUCCUUUAUCGCAGAAGGGACAUUUACAGAUUUAGAGAAACUCGCCCGAUUGGACCUCACCUCCAAUCGGCUUCAAAAACUCCCGCCUGACCCUAUAUUUGCCAGAUCUCAAAGUGGAAUAGUUAUGAGUACUCCUUACGCACCUCCGCUUUCCCUAAGCUUUGGAGGGAACCCUUUGCAUUGUAACUGUGAGGUGCUAUGGCUUCGCAGACUUGACCGGGAGGAUGACAUGGAGACGUGCGCUUCUCCUGCCAGUCUCAAAGGACGAUACUUUUGGUCGGUUCGUGAGGAGGAGUUUGUUUGCGAAGCCCCUCUCAUCACUCAGCACACCCACCGCUUGCUCGUACUUGAGGGUCAGACCGCUAGCCUUCGUUGCAAAGCUGUCGGAGACCCGAUGCCAACCGUACACUGGGUUGCCCCUGACGACCGCUUGAUCAGUAACUCCUCCAGAGCGACGGUCUAUGAAAACGGCACCCUGGACAUUACAAUCACAACCGCAAAGGAUUAUGGGACUUUCACAUGCAUAGCCGCUAACGCCGCUGGGGAGUCUACAGCCUCCAUCGAGCUGUCAAUCAUUCAGAUCCCCCAUAGGAGUAAUGGGACCAAUCGCACUACGCAAGCUAAAUCCGGGCUCUCCGAUAUAACAAGCUCUACCAAGGUCAGCAAAGGGGAGCCCAAACCGCUGCCCGAGAAGGCGGUAACUGUGGCCGAUGUUACUGCAGUAUCUGCUUUGAUCCGGUGGACUGUUACUAAAACUACGCCAAAAGUGAAAAUGUACCAGCUGCAAUACAACUGUUCAGAAGACGAAGUUCUCAUUUACAGAAUGAUUCCCAUGAGUAACCGGGCCUUCUCCGUGACUAACCUUGUCCCGGGGAUGCAGUACGACCUCUGCGUCCUGGCCAUCUGGGAAGACACUGCCACCACACUCACUGCCACCAACAUCGUGGGCUGCGUCCAGUUUGUCACCCGCGAUGACUACCCCCAGUGCCAAUCUCUGCACAGCGGCUUCAUGGGAGGCACUAUGAUCCUCGUCAUCGGAGGCAUUAUCGUCGCAACCCUUCUCGUUUUCAUCAUCAUCCUCAUGGUACGCUACAAAGUGACCAGCGGUAUCCAAACCCACAAGCUCCCCGUCAUGAGCAACACGUAUUCACAAACCAAUGGGGGCUUGAAUCGUUUUAACGGUGCCCCUCCGCAGGUGAAGUCCACAGUGGUGGUGAUGAGGGAGGAGAUGGUGGAGUUCAAGUGCGGAUCUCUUCAAAGUAGCCUAUCUUCCUCCUCUUCUUCAUCAAACUCUCUGGACAGCCAUGGCGCGAGAGGCCCGGCUGAUCGCUACAGCAUGCAGGGGAGUGAGUGCAGCACCCUGCCAAGUAGCAAGUUCAGGAGGCACGGGGCGAAAGCACGGCCCAAUUUGGACAAUCUUUUAGGGGCUUUUACGUCUCUGGAGCUGCGAGGGGUACCAAGGGAUAACCAAAGUGCGUCUGGACCCUCUACUGCUGCUACAACGAUGGCAGUGGCUAAAGCUUCUUCUGAUAAGGAGCCUCUGCUAGGGAGAGCUGAGUCUACCACCAUGCUGGGUCGACUGCUUGGGCUGCCCCAGGAAGGGAAGCCCAAACGGAGCCACUCGUUUGACAUGGGGCACGUGGGCGGAGCACAAUCCCGCGGCAACUAUCCACGCAGGAUCAGUAAUAUCUGGACUAAGCGUAGCCUAUCUGUGAACGGCAUGCUACUGCAGUAUGACAGUAGUGAGGAUGAGAAACCAGCUUUUGAGAGCUCGGAGUGGGUGAUGGAAAGCACGGUUUGAGGAUAACUAUGGUCUGCAGACGAUCUCUAAAUCUCUAUAAGAACCUAAGGAACAGCGGAGCACAAAGAACGGAAUAUCGCACCUGGGGAUUUGCCUUGGGUAUUGCAUGACUCUAUCCAUUGGAGUACUGUGUGAGAAAAGACACUUCAAGGUUUCUGGCUAUGAUCUGUAUCUGACCGUUCACACAGACAAACAAGUCAGAAUAAAUGUGAGUAUUUCAAAAUAACAUGGAAUUUAUUGUGUCGAUACGGAUCUUGUGGAAUUAUUCGGAAUCCAUGGCCGGGAUAUGAGAGUACUCCAGAGGAUGGGGGCAGUCGGUGAUGUUGAAUUUAAAGUGGAUUUUUACUACAUCUGUGUCAAAGGAACUGAGUGAAGAGGAUUUUCCCCAGACUCCUGUGAACUGGCAGCGCACCUCAGCAUUUCAGAUCUUACAUGGACGAUUACGGCUACAGAGAAGGACCUAUAAAGAGAGUAUAGAAAUUUAGAACAAUGUUUUAUUUUGAUCUGUGUUUUUUCUAUCAUUUUUACUAUUUAUUAUUUUGAGUUCAUCCACACACUGGCACACGGCUACCCCACCCGUCUCUUAGCAUCAGUUACCUUUACAAGUGUUUUUAGAGUUAAAUUGACAGCACAAUUUGGUACGGCUACAGUGAAC